GUUAUGGGCAUGCUCAACUGCCUCCACGGCAAUAAUAUGUCAGGACAACACGAUAUCCCCCCUGAAGUCGGGGACCAGCCCGAGCAAGAACCUUUGGAAGCCCAAGGGGCCGCUGCCCCCGGUGCUGGGGUUGGCCCAGCCGAAGAAAUGGAGACCGAACCGUCAAAUAAUGAGCCCAUCCCCGACGAGACUGACAGUGAGGUCUGUGGACCCCCUGAAGACUCCAAAUCUGACAUCCAGAGCUCCAGUCAGGCCUUCGAGGAAGUCCAAGUGGGCGGAGACUACAGCCCACCUCCAGAGGAAUCCAUGCCAUUCGAGACCCAACAGCCCAGCCUGGGAGAUUUCUGGCCCACCCUGGAGCAGCCUGGACCAUCUGGGACCCCAUCAGGCAUCAAAGCCUUCAACCCAGCGAUUUUGGAGCCCGGGACCCCCACUGGUGCCCACCCAGGCCUGGGAGCCUAUAGCCCCCCACCAGAAGAAGCUAUGCCAUUUGAGUUCAAUGAGCCUGCCCAGGAAGACCGUUGCCAGCCUCCCUUGCAAGUCCCAGACCUUGCGCCAGGGGGUCCGGAAGCAUCGGUCUCCAGAGCUCUUCCCGCGGAGCCCGGGAACCUUAGAUUUGAAAACACUGGCUUCCGAGAAGACUACAGCCCUCCACCUGAAGAAUCUGUGCCAUUUCAGCUCGAUGGAGAAGAAUUCGGGGGCGAUAGCCCACCCCCAGGACUCCCGCGAGUCAUGCCACAAAUCGGCAUUGGCGGCGAGUUCCCGACAGUCGCGGUCCCGAGUACGCUCUGCCUCGCUCCCGCCGAGAACGCGCCUCCCCUCUGGGUCCAGGGCGCCAUUGGCGGACCAUUCCGCGAGGCUGUCAGAUCUCCUAACUUCGCAUACGACAUUUCCCCAAUGGAGAUCACCAGACCCCUGCUUGAGAUUGGCAGAGCCUCCACUGGGGUCGACGACGACACCGCUGUCAAUAUGGACAGCCCCCCAAUCGCAAGUGAUGGCCCGCCCAUCGAAGUCUCGGGAGCCCCAGUUAAGAGCGAGCACGCAAAGAGACCCCCACUUGAGCGACAAGCAGCCGAGACAGGAAACAGCCCUAUCAGCAGCACCACUGCAGAGGAGGCAAAAGUCCCCUCCCUCGAGCGAGGAGAAAGGUCCCCCACCCAACCUGAAACAGUGCAUAUCAAGCCAGCUCCUGUUGCGGAGUCCGGAACUGACUCCUCCAAAGCCGAUCCGGACUCAGCCACACACGCAGUUCUUCAGAUCGGUCCUGAGGAAGUCGGAGGAGUCCCAACCAUGCCCACCGAUCGUCCGCCUGCUCCUGAAGAUGCGGACCCAGAUGUCCGGGCAGAACCAGACGGAGGGACAGCCCCAACCACCCCAACCACCCCUGCCGAGUCCGAAGACAACAGAGAACCAACCUCCGCCGCCGCCGCCGCCGCCGCCGCCGCCGCCGCCGAGCCAGCCGCUGAGCCAGCCGCUGAGCCAGCCGCCGAGCCAGCCGCCGAGCCAGCCGCCGAGCCAGCCGCCGAGGCAGUCCCUGACAUGGAAGCCGAGUCUGCCUCCGGGGCAGUCCCCGACACCCAAGAGGAGCCCGCAGCCGCCGCAGCCUCUGCCAAGCCGGCGGAGCCUGCCACCCGGGCAGCCCCCGUCACCCCUAAGGAGCCCGCUACCCGGGCAGUCCCUUCUGCCAGAGCCCAUCCAGCUGCCGGAGCUGUCCCUGGAGCCUCAGCGAUGUCAGAUUCUGCUAGGGCAAUCGCCGCUAGAGCAGCCUAUGCAGGUCCUCUGGUCUGGGGAGCCAGGUCACUCUCGGCUACUCCAGCCGCUCGGGCAUCCCUCCCUGCCCGCGCAGCAGCUGCCGCCCGAGCAGCCUCUGCUGCCCGCGCAGUCGCUGCCGGCCGGUCAGCCUCUGCCGCCCCAAGCAGGGCCCAUCUUAGACCCCCCAGCCCGGAGAUCCAGGUUGCUGACCCGCCUACUCCGCGGCCUGCUCCGCGGCCGAGCGCCUGGCCUGACAAAUACGAACGUGGCCGAAGCUGCUGCAGGUAUGAGGCUGCGUCCGGCAUCUGCGAGAUCGAGUCCUCCAGCGAUGAGUCGGAAGAAGGGGCCACUGGCUGCUUCCAGUGGCUUCUGCGGCGAAACCGCCGCCCCGGCCUGCCCCGGAGCCACACAGUCGGGAGCAACCCGGUUCGCAACUUCUUCGCCCGAGCCUUUGGAAGCUGCUUCGGUCUAUCCGAGUGUACCCGAUCACGAUCCCUCAGCCCCGGGAAGGCCAAGGAUCCUAUGGAAGAGAGGCGCAAACAAAUGCGCAAAGAAGCCAUGGAGAUGCGAGAGCAGAAGCGCGCAGAUAAGAAACGCAGCAAGCUCAUCGACAAGCAACUGGAGGAGGAGAAGAUGGACUACAUGUGUACACACCGCCUGCUGCUUCUAGGUGCUGGAGAGUCUGGCAAAAGCACCAUUGUGAAGCAGAUGAGGAUCCUACAUGUUAAUGGGUUUAACGGAGAGGGCGGCGAAGAGGACCCGCAGGCUGCAAGGAGCAACAGCGAUGGUGAGAAGGCCACCAAAGUGCAGGACAUCAAAAACAACCUGAAGGAGGCCAUUGAAACCAUUGUGGCCGCCAUGAGCAACCUGGUGCCCCCCGUGGAGCUGGCCAACCCUGAGAACCAGUUCAGAGUGGACUACAUUCUGAGCGUGAUGAACGUGCCAAACUUUGACUUCCCACCUGAAUUCUAUGAGCAUGCCAAGGCUCUGUGGGAGGAUGAGGGAGUUCGUGCCUGCUACGAGCGCUCCAACGAGUACCAGCUGAUCGACUGUGCCCAGUACUUCCUGGACAAGAUUGAUGUGAUCAAGCAGGCCGACUACGUGCCAAGUGACCAGGACCUGCUUCGCUGCCGCGUCCUGACCUCUGGAAUCUUUGAGACCAAGUUCCAGGUGGACAAAGUCAACUUCCACAUGUUCGAUGUGGGCGGCCAGCGCGAUGAACGCCGCAAGUGGAUCCAGUGCUUCAAUGAUGUGACUGCCAUCAUCUUCGUGGUGGCCAGCAGCAGCUACAACAUGGUCAUCCGGGAGGACAACCAGACCAACCGUCUGCAGGAGGCUCUGAACCUCUUCAAGAGCAUCUGGAACAACAGAUGGCUGCGCACCAUCUCUGUGAUCCUCUUCCUCAACAAGCAAGAUCUGCUUGCUGAGAAGGUCCUCGCUGGGAAAUCGAAGAUCGAGGACUACUUUCCAGAGUUCGCUCGCUACACCACUCCUGAGGAUGCGACUCCCGAGCCCGGAGAGGACCCACGCGUGACCCGGGCCAAGUACUUCAUCCGGGAUGAGUUUCUGAGAAUCAGCACUGCUAGUGGAGAUGGGCGUCACUACUGCUACCCUCACUUUACCUGCGCCGUGGACACUGAGAACAUCCGCCGUGUCUUCAACGACUGCCGUGACAUCAUCCAGCGCAUGCAUCUUCGCCAAUACGAGCUGCUCUAAGAAGGGAACGCCCAAAUUUAAUUCAGCCUUAAGCACAAUUAAUUAAGAGUGAAACGCAAUCGUACAAGCAGUUGAUCACCCACCAUAGGGCAUGAUCAACACCGCAACCUUUCCCUUUUCUCCCCAGUGAUUCUGAAAAACCCCCUCUUCCCUUCAGCUUGCUUAGAUGUUCCAAAUUUAGUAAGCUUAAGGCGGCCUACAGAAGAAAAAGAAAAAGAAAAAGGCCACAAAAGUUCCCUCUCACUUUCAGUAAGUAAAAUAAAAGCAGCAACAAACAGAAAUAAAGAAAUAAAUGAAAUAAAUGAAACUCAAAAUGAAAUAAAUAUUGUGUUGUGCAGCAUUAAAAAAUCAAAAUAAAAAUUAAAAAUGAGCAAAA